GUUUUAUUUAUUUAAACCAAGCUCCUCAAAUUCAAUUCAUCCACCAAUUGGAAGGAUAAACUAGAAUUCAUAACAUGAAUCCAAAUCUCCAAAAUAUUGACUACAUCUCAGAAUGCUUCAUCAAACCUCACUCCGCUCCUGAACAAUCAAAACACCCAUAUUACCUUAGUCCAUGGGAUCUUGCCAUGCUCUCUAUGCAUUACAUUCAAAAGGGUCUUCUCUACGCCAAACCUCUCGCUACCCUCGAUGACUGUAGUGGCUUCAUCGACGAUCUCUUGCGAAAGCUCAAACACUCACUCUCAAUUGCCCUCGUUCAUUUUUACCCACUAGCCGGACGACUUGUAACAACCCGAUACGAAGACGAAGCUUCUUGCCUUGUUUAUGUGGACUGCAACGACAGCCUGGGAGCAAAAUUCAUCCACGCGCGUGUCGACAUGACGAUUUCCGAUGUUCUUUCGCCCGGCGAUGUGCCAUUGAUUGUCGAAUCGUUUUUUGACCAUGACAGAGCAGUCAACCAUGACGGACAUUCCAGGCCGCUGCUGUCCAUUCAGGUCACUGAAUUACAUGACGGCGUCUUCAUUGGGUGUUCCAUUAACCACAGCAUCGUAGACGGAACUUCUUAUUGGCAUUUCUUCAAUAUGUGGUCAGAAAUAUUCGAAGCACAGGAUGACAAUGUUUCCAUUUCACGCCCUCCAAUCCUCCAACGGUGGUUCCCAGAAGGCCAUGGCCCAAUUCUAAAGCUUCCAUUCACACACCCAGAUCAAUUUAUUAACAGAUUCGAAGCGCCCGAACUCAGCAAAAAGCACUUCCACUUUUCAUCGGAAUCAGUGGCGGUAUUGAAAAAAAGAGCAAACACAGAGUACAAAACCAACAAAAUCUCCUCCUUCCAAUCCUUAUCUGCCUUAGUAUGGAGAUCCAUAACACGAGUCCGUGAGCUGCCACCGGAUCAAACCAUCGGUUGCAUAAUGGCAAUAAACAACAGAUCAAGAUUAGAUCCACCCUUAUCGGAAAAUUACUUCGGGAAUUCGAUUCAUACAAUAAAAGGAGUUGCGACGGUGAAGGAACUGCUGGAAAACAAUCUUGGAUGGGCAGCGUGGAAAUUGCACGAGGCGGUGGUGAACCACAAGGACAGUAUAGUGAGAGAUUUUGUGAAGAAAUGGGUGGAAAGUCCGUCCAUAUACAGAAUAGCCGGAAUGUUUGAUCCGUUGAGUGUGAUGAUUGGAAGCUCACCGAGAUUCAACAAGUACGGGAAUGUGUUUGGAAUGGGGAAGGCUGUGGGUAUUAGAAGUGGGUAUGCUCAUAAGUUUGAUGGGAUUGUAACAUGUUAUCCAGGACAUGAAGGAGGAGGAAGUAUAGAAUUGGAGAUCUGCCUUCCACUCCAUUUCAUGGCUGCUCUUGAGGCUGAUGGCGAAUUCAUGGAUGCUACUACCACUUCAUAACAUCUUCUCUACAGCGCGUAAUACCAUAAUUGUUACACUUGAAUAUCAUUUCAAUAAGGAUGGUUGUACUUGUACUCUACAAAUGAAUGUUAAAGAGAGUAGAUUUUAUUGAAAUACUAAUUCUACAUCAAAAAUAAUUUAACUGAUCUUAUCGAGGUGGCUUUUGUAGUGAAAGAAGUCAAGUUUCUAACGUUGGAUCACGAGGAGGUAUCCUGUAUUCACUUCUACCAAGGAAGUAACGCUCUAGCUCGUCCCUUGAUUCAUAAAGUUAUGAAGGAGACUCUAAUUGACUAA